AUGGCGAUCACUGUCAUUCUCGGAGCCCAAUGGGGUGACGAAGGUAAGGGCAAAUUGGUUGAUGGACAGUGCCAGGAGGCUCAGCUCUGUGCCCGAGCCGCGGGUGGACAUAACGCUGGACAUCUCGUGCGUGUAAACGGAGUUUCGUAUAGCUUUCACCUCUUGCCCUCUGGGCUGAUCAACCCAAGAUGCAUGAACUUCAUUGGUUCGGGCGUAGUUUUCCAUGUCCCAAGUUUCUUUAGCGAGCUCAAGGAGCUUGAGAAGAACCUGACUGCGGUACAUGAUCGGAUCCUUGUUUCUGAUAGGGUCAAUAUUCUCUUGGACCUGCACAUCGCAGUGGAUGGUCUCGAGGAGGAGGAACUUGGAGACGCAGCUAUCGGAACAACAAGACGCGGCAUUGGUCCCUGCUACCAGACAAGUAGAGCGCGAACUGGCAUCAAAAUGACCGAUGUCUUUAACCCUGAAGUUUUCGAGCAGAAGUUAAGACGUUUGGCCAAUGGCUUUCAAAAGCGCUUCGGAGAACUGCUCAAAUAUGACAUCGAGGCCGAGCUUGCUCGUUUCGAUGAGUACAGGCAAACGCUCAGUAAGUACGUCGUGGACGGCGUGGCCUUUAUGAAAUCCGCACAGGAGAGCAACAUGAAAAUUGUGAUCGAAGGCGCAAACGCACUGAUGCUAGAUGUUGAUUAUGGUUCUUAUCCAUUCGUCACUUCCUCAAGUACCACACUUGCUGGUAUUAUUGGUGGACUUGCACUGAACCCGAAGAAUAUCACGGAGACGAUACCACCCGUGUCGGGGCCGGGGCCUUUAAGACCGAGGAUACGGAAGAGAUUGGCACCAAGCUCCAGGAGAUUGGACGCGAAUGGGGAACGUCGACUGGCCGCAGACGCCGAUGUGGAUGGCUUGGUAGAUACAACCUCGAAACCUCGAUACAGUAACUCGAUCAAUUACUACGACAGCCUGAAUCUCACAAAGCUCGACGUUUUGGAUACCUUCGAAACAAUCAAGAUCGCCAUUGCCUACAAGAUCGAUGGAGAGGAACUGGAUUCUUACCCUGCGGAUCUUGACAUCCUGAACCGAGCUGAGGUGGUUUACCACGAGAUGCCAGGCUGGCAAAAGCCGACCACCAACGCGAGGACCUACUACGACCUUCCUAGGGCAGCCCGCGAUUACGUCGAGUACAUCGAGAAGUUUGUUGGAGUCAAGAUCAAGUACAUCGGCACCGGUCCUGACCGUGAGGCCAUGGUUCAGCGUGCUUAA